CGAAAGUGGCGAAGUUCAGGAAGUGCCGUUGGACUUACUCCAUAAAAAGCAUUUUUAUGUACCAUUUAUGUAAAUAUUGAAUCAUAUCAUGUCAUAACGAUGGAAGGAGAAAGUAAAGAGCACUUGGUGGACGUGACGAGGAACAUCAAUGGGGAAACGGUAUCGUGGGGGGCUCCCGAAAUCCAAGCUGAAGACAAAGCAGAAUAUCCGUCUGCGGGACAUGCACACCAUGGACUGACAGUGAUCACAGCAUGCUUGUUCAUAGCUGGAGAAAUGGCAGGGAGUGGUGUGCUGGCACUGCCAAGGGCAGUAGAGAAUUCUGGUUGGUUUGGUUUGGUGAUGAUCUUUGUGUGUUGUCUUAUCUCUGGUUACUGCGGGGUAUUACUGGGCCAGUGCUGGAUUAUACUACAGGAGAGAUGGGAGGAGUACCGCUCUGACACCAGAGACCCCUAUACUUCUAUUGGUGUCAGGGCCAUGGGGAAAGUGGGAAAAUAUUCAGUGUCCUUUGCCAAUAAUGUCCAGUUGUUUGGAGUGGGUGUGGUCUUCCUGUUACUGGCAGCAGAAAACAUUCAAUCAUUGGCCGAGAAUAUAGGACACACAGAGAUUUCAUUCUGUUACUGGAAUCUUCUGAUUGCUGGGUUUUUAACACCUUUUACCUGGCUGGGGACACCAAAAGAUUUCUGGCCUAUAGCAAUGGGAGCUAUGGGGGCCACUGCCAUAGCCUGUGUCAUUCUCACUGCCAAUCUAAUUGUGGACCACAACCAGGUGUCCAGUGUGACGGUCAGACAUGACCCUGUGGGGUUUACCUCAUUCUUCAUGGCAUUUGGAACAAUUCUGUUUGCAUUUGGGGGACUCUCUGUUUUCCCGACCAUCCAACAUGAUAUGAAAAAGCCCAAAGAAUUUUGGAAGUCUGUCACCAUAGGAUACAGCAUUGUUCUCUGUAUGUAUAUCCCAGUCUCUGCAGUGGCAUACUUCUUUCUUGGACACAAACUGGAUGACAACAUUCUGCGUUCUGUAACCCCAGGUCCAAUGUUGUAUAUAGUGGAGAUACUGCUGACCCUUCACCUGAUGAUGGGCCUGGUUCUGGUACUGAACCCUUUUCUCCAGGAACUGGAGGAAAUCUUCAGAGUUCCCAAUAAGUUUGGUUGGAAGCGCUGUCUACUGCGGACCUGUGUCAUGGCGUGUGUGCUGUUUGUCACGGAGAGUAUCCCCCAUUUUGGAGCCAUCUUGUCAUUGGUCGGUGGGUCCACCGUCACCUUCACGACGUUUAUUUGCCCACCAUUCUUUUACCUCAGACUUUGUGCUAUGAAGGGAGACUGGAAGGAAAAGUUUGUCCCACUCCAUGUAAAAGUGAUGUGCUGGGAAAUCAUUCUGAUAGGUCUUAUUGGAGGGAUAGCCUCUACAUACUCCGCCAUACUACACCUAGCAAAUACUUUUGUUCCACCCUGUUAUGUCAAUAUUACAGCAGCAGAUGCAGCAUAAUAAACAAAGUGAACACUGUCAAAAACUGUCAACUUAUACAAUAAAGCUGCCUCUAAAUAAUGAUAAAACAAAUGUACACUCACUCUUGUUUUCUGACAGUGUAGGUACACGGAUGUUCCAAGGUAAGAGGCCCUCUUUUUUUACUGAAAAAGAACCCCUCCUUUUGAAAUUGCAAUUGCUAACUGCAGGCCUGUUAUACAAAAUAAUGAUAUAAUUUAAAGACGGUCUAAAUAUUGGUCUUAAGUUUAAACUAUUAAAUUACUAGGAAAGUUAUUUUAUAUUUUAAAGGGUGCCGGAAGGGAGGCCUCUUCUGAAUGCAAUUUUUGAUGUAUAUAAAAAGUUGAUUUUUAUCUGAAGUUAUACUUUGCAGCAUUCUUUUGUUGUAGCUGUGAUAUUUAUUUGUGACUUUGAUAUAUUUGGAUAUUUUUUAAGAUGCUUUAACAAAUUGUCAAAAAAUUUGGA